AUGGCUAACAAUGGUAGUUCUGGUGAUGGUGAUUAUGAUUCUUUUAGAGCCCGUCUUCUACAGAUGCACAAUGAAUUGGCUAAACUUACAGCCGAGCGUAGUCGUAAGUUACAUGAAUUAUUGGUGUUGAGUAAGAAACUAAGUCAGAUUCGGAGCCAGCGCAUUGGUGAAAUUUAUCGAGAUGUUGAUCAAAUGGUUCCUAGGGGUACGUUCCUGGGUGUGGGAAAUGAAGGGCCUUCUGAAAUGAGGAAUGCAGCGAGAGGAGUGAAUUUGAUGGGUCGGGAUGCUGGUGAGGAGCAUGCGGAAGUGUUGGAAGAUGUGGAGAUGAUGCAGGCAAAGAACGAACCUGAUGAUGAAGAUGACGAUGAAGAUGACGAAGAUGGAGAUGAAGAUGACGAAGAUGAUGAUGGUGAGGAUGGUGAGGAGGAGGAGGCUGAACAUGGAGAAGAUGGCAAAGAUGAUGAUGAUGUUGAGGAGAGUUCGAGUUCUGAAGGUGGGGGUGGUGGUAUCUAA